UAACCUCCGCCUCACCCCCUCCCCUGGUCCGAUCCCACGGCGAAAUAUCCCAUGUGCUCAUGCGUCCUGGUGCAUCUCCAUUCCCUCCCACAUUUACCAUCCACCACCAUUACCAGUUUUCCCAUCUUUCCGUGUGUCCUAUAUACAGCAUCGCCCAUCGUGCGAUUCUGCGCGCGAAUUUCGUCACUGGGGGGUUGUGAGUGUGCAACCCCUCGGAUGGAUGAUCUUUGAUGCUCGAUAUCUGGGGAACGGUAGAGUGAAAUUUCGGAUUUUUUAUGUCAUUCUUCGGGUAUUUUUUAGAUCUUCAAAAUGAGUUCAGAGUUAUUGAAAUCGCAUCGUUGAAUCGACUGAUAUCGCGGAUUAAAAAUACUCAGUCUCGGGGGGAUGGAAAUGACGAAGUUAGCGGGACAAGUCUUCGAUGGUCAAUAAUUCAGGAUCGGCUGAGUGAAACUCCGCCAUUUUUUUUUCAGUUUGAAGAUUUUUUCGCGAUCUCGAGAAUGAGACCUGAUUCAUUCGAAUCGUGUCGCCCGGUCGCCAGAUAUCGGGGAAUGCGGUGGAAUCGGUUCACCCCAGCAGCCACCACCACCAGCAUCUCCUCUUCCUCUUUCUCUCGCUCACCCUCUCCCAGCCCCUCUGGACGCCCCUGCACGGUCCUAUCGUGUUGACUAUACCCUUUUGAUACCAAUACACAGACAGGGGGGAUGGAAAACCGCCGCGCGCGCACAUUCACACACAAAUGCCAUAACGUUAUGAACCUUGCUCAAUGUUAGGGAUACUAGUGCAAAAGCGUUCCUCAACGCUGGCUAGUGCCGUGUUGAAUUUUCACGAGUGAGGGUGUGUUUCCCGCGCUUCACAUCAAUUAUCCACUAUUUUGCACAAUUUCUCACAUUCGGCUGGUGAAAUACCCCACCAAUUUUCACCCUUCACUUUAUUUUUUAUUUUAUUUUUUUUAAUACCAUGAAGUUCACCGUAACGACGAAUCCACCUGGUGCACCACUUUACGAAUGUAAAUUACAUUUCACCUAAGUUCUUCCUCGCGAUUGUGCCCCCAUGAUCGAGUUUUCCGGGGAUUUUAAACUCAUAAAAUGGGGUGAAAAGCCCUCCACAUCGGGGACUUUUAUUUUUCUUUGAUUUUAUUUCAUAAAAAAAAAAUCCACCGACGAUGAAUAUCAACGAAUAAAUCAGGUACAAGAUCCUCCAUGGACCGACGGACCAAUCAGCUGACUGGUGUAUCAUCAACGGUAACAAGUGUCACUGGGACCAAUACAACAAAUUGUACCAAGGAUAAUUCAACAUUCAGGAUAUCGACAACAGUUAAAGCAUCGGAAUUGUGGUGUUGCUGUUGCAAUUGUGCUAAUGCUAGAAAUGCUAAAGCACCUGGAUUUUUAGCAUGUCUUGGUGUUUGUGUACUUGUUUUUGGAUAUACACUACUUGGAGCAUUUGCUUUUAUGGCACUCGAGGGAGGAUUUAAAACGGAUCAGCCGCCAGACCUAGUGAGACUCGCAUCAUCCUCGACCUCAAAAUCUUCAAAAUCAUCGCUAAAUACAGCCGGCGAUGAAACAAACGGUGCCAUUGUUCAAAUCCCAGACGAUGAAGACUCUUCAGCACGUGAAUUACGGGCUUACACGGUUGAGAGGCUUUGGAGUAUAACCGAGGACCUGAAUGUACUCUAUAAAGAAAACUGGACGAGACUUGCUGAACGAGAGAUCAUGGAUUUUCAGGAGAAAAUGGCUAAAACAAUCAGUAGAGAAAAAUCAAAAUACUCAGUAUCGGUACAGAGAAGCCCCCGAGGCAACGACAGACGUAAUUUAAUUGUGGAUAGACGAUGGACAUUUGGAAGUAGUUUACUCUACUCAUUGACCCUCAUCACAACAAUUGGGUAUGGUAGUGUUGCACCACGUACUGUUUGGGGACGUGUUAUCACGAUAGUUUAUGCACUUGCUGGUAUUCCACUGAUGCUGGUUUAUCUCAGCACAGUUGGUGAUGUUUUUGCGAGAACAUUCAGGGGAUUUUACGGACGUAUGUGCCACAGGAGUGAUUGUAGAAAGAGAAGGAAGGGAAAGUUUCUAGUUUCGUCGCCUUCAAUGCCCGGAAUAAUUGAGAAGAGUUAUCACAGAUAUGAGAAUCAUAUUGAAACGGGAAAGUUGACGCCGGGAUUUUACUCCAAAGAGGCAAGCUGUGAUGAACUUGGAGUGAGAGCUGGCGCUGCUAUUUUACUUGAUCGUGAGGGACUCGAGGGGAAUAUCUAUCUUCAUCCCGGCGGGUCCAGCACUGGGCUGCAGGAAGGGAGUGUGGAAAAACGUCACCUCCAUCCGUCCUCUCAAAUGUCCUUAAUGCCGUCGACAAUGGGCUACGGUACAGACACAAUUUGCGUCGUUAGGAUACCAAUAAGUCUCUGUUUAUUGAUAAUUGUUGUGUACGUGUGUACCGGUGCAUUCGUAUUCAAUCGUCUAGAAGGAUGGAGUCUUCUGGAGAGCAGUUACUUCUGUUUUACGAGCCUGGGUACGAUUGGCUUUGGUGAUCUAGUGCCAAUGGGAAGAAAUGCCUCGACGAGAUUACUCGAGGAGAUGAGCCUCUGCGCUUGCUCCGUGUAUAUUUUAUUUGGAAUGGGUCUAAUUGCCAUGUGCUUCAAUUUAAUGCAGGAAGAAGUUGUUAGAGUUGUCAGAGUAUUUGGAAGGACCUGUGGAAAUACUGGAAUCACAGCAAAUUCGAUCGGAGCUAAUGGUCUCAAAUCGGAUUUAUGUGAAGAUGGAAGUAUCACCGGCAUUACGGAUAACUGUCAUGAGCACGAGGAUGACGGUAUAGCGAUGUCAAUGGUAUCAGCCUCCUGACAGCAACCAACCAGGAGUUCUGUUGAUGACAG